AUGCAAUGGACGGAGGCAGUCUUGGUCGGUGCUAUAGUCAACGGCUCCGGCUUGAUCCAGACAUGCAUGAGUCUUGUUGUUACGAAGUCCCUUGCGGAGGCUUCAGCUUCAGCGGAAGGCUCCGUGGCUGUCUUGGCCGGAUCGAGGAAAAUGGUCGAAGUGGGUGCAUUACAGGUUGGCGAUCGCAUCUUACUCCGCACUGGUGACUCAAUUCCUGUAGAUGGAGUAGUGGUCGAGGGCACUGCCAGUGUCGAUGAGAGUCGACUCACAGGAGAGUCCAUUCCUGUCUACAAGACUACGGGCUCCAAAGUUUUUAGUGGCACACUGAUCGUUCAGGGAGCUCUGCCUAGUGUGGAGGUCAGCGGCAGAGUUGGGCGUACCCAGAAGGUUACCGAUCUGAUACAGGAAGCUGCUGGUCAGCGCACUCCUCUCCAGGACUCAGUCGAGACUUUUGCAAAGUAUUAUACACCAUUAGUGGUCUUGCUCUCAUUCAUAACGGGAGUCUACUGCUGGUCACUAGAGCGUGGCGUCAUUGUCCUUGUUGCUGCAUGCCCAUGCAGUAUAGUCAUGGCUGCUCCUGUUGCAUACAUGACGGCAAUCGUAACCGGACUUCGGCAUUAUUUUGGUACUGUGAUCAAGUCGCCCUCUGUUAUUGAGAGCUUAGCCAAGCUCGAGCUCGUCGCCUUCGAUAAGACUGGCACUUUAACACAGGGUUAG